CCCUUAUGCCGGAUACCUACUCCAUACACGGCCUCAGAGUGUUGAACCGCCAAGGUGCCACGAGGUGCCUACGAUUCUAUCAAACAAGCCCCUUUCCACCUCUGAUGCUAUGCGCUCAUGAUGCGCAUAUAACCAAGAAAAUGGUCCUCAAUUGGGAUGGAUGAACUGUGCCUGAAGAUCGCAAAAUAAGGGAUUGCGCCUGAUCAUAAUGGCACCCUCUGACUUUGACGAUGGACACCAUCAACUUUUGUCUGCGGAUGCGGGGGCCGAUAUCUCGUUGAGCAGCCCGCAGCAGAAUCUAGGAACGAGUUCGUCCACUCAUCAGAUCACUCCCGACCCUGUCUCUUCUCCCUCGAUCACUCCAAGCGCUGAAGCCGGUCUACCGACCAGCGACACCAGACAACCACAAUCAAGGAACAACGGCCAUGGCCUGAAGGAGGAGCUCUCCUCGGACUGGUACGUGGAAGGGCCCGGACGGAGAGUUGGUUAUGAUGAUUUGACCGCAAUCGACUGGAUUUAUGAAUACACGAAAGAGAGACAGCGUUUGAGGAGACUGGUAGCACUCAAUUCCGGCGUGGUAGGGCAAUUGAGACAACUAUUCGAAGUCAGCCAGAUCUGGCUGGUUCUCGUUGCAACCGGGAUCUCGGUCGGUUGUGUCGCCGCCGGCAUCAACAUUGCCUCCGACUGGUUAAGCGACAUCAAGACCGGAUAUUGUAAGAAAGGCAGUGGAGGAGGGCAGUUCUACUUGAACAAACAAUUCUGCUGUUGGGGACAUGACGAUCUCUCUCAGUGUCAAGACUGGACUCCUUGGCCUGCAGCGUUAGGGGUUGGUCCAGCCGGUGGGCAAUAUUUUAUAAGCUAUAUCUUCUUCAUUGUCUUUGCAGUCCUUUUUGCCGUAUCGGCUGGCGUAUUGGUCCAAAAGUAUUCGAUUUAUGCUCGACACAGUGGUAUCCCCGAGAUCAAGACCGUUCUUGGGGGCUUUGUCAUCAGACGCUUCCUGGGUGGCUGGACAUUGCUUGCAAAAUCUCUCGGACUGUGUCUUUCCGUCUCGUCAGGCAUGUGGCUUGGAAAGGAGGGACCAUUUGUGCAUCUUGCUUGCUGUUGUGCAAAUAUCAUCAUGAAGCCUUUCGCAGCCCUCAGCCAGAAUGAGGCCCGCAAACGCGAGGUUCUGUCUGCAGCAGCUGCCAGCGGCAUAUCUGUCGCCUUUGGUGCUCCAAUCGGCGGAGUGCUCUUCUCGUUGGAGCAGUUAUCAUACUACUUUCCCGACAAGACCAUGUGGCAGUCUUUCGUCUGUGCCAUGGUGGCAGCUGUCACGUUACAGGCCCUGAACCCAUUCCACACAGGGAAGAUUGCCCUUUACCAAGUCACUUAUACGACAAUUUGGCAUAGCUUUGAGAUUGUACCAUUCGUUCUACUAGGUAUUACAGGCGGACUUUUUGGUGGCAUGUUCAUCAAGCUCAAUAUGCUCGUCUCGAGGAUGAGGAAGUCUCAGAAAUACCCCCUUAAAGAAAGACCACUUCUUGAGGUUCUCGUGGUGGCCGCAGUUUCAGCGCUUGUCAACUUCCCCAACACCUUCAUGCGAGCCCAGCUGUCAGAGCUAGUCUAUUAUCUCUUCGCGGAAUGCGCUACCAUUGGCAACAACGAUAUAUUUGGUCUAUGCAAAGCCACGACUGCGGGUGCCUUAUCGAUGCUGUGGCUUUUGAUUGCGGCCUCUGUACUGGGUUUCUUACUGGCUAGCAUCACAUUUGGGCUACAGAUCCCAGCUGGAAUCAUACUACCCUCGUUGGCGAUUGGUGCGCUCUAUGGAAGGACGGUAGGUGUCGUCAUGGAACUGAUACACAAGCACUUCUCGACAUCAUUGCUUUUUGCAGCAUGUGAGCCUGAUGUUCCAUGUGUGAUUCCAGGGACUUACGCCAUUGUCGGUGCCGCCUCUGCUUUGGCUGGCGUUACACGCAUGACUGUGUCAAUUGUUGCAAUCGUGUUUGAGCUCACCGGUGCGCUCACGUAUGUAUUACCGAUCAUGAUUGCCGUCAUGCUUGCCAAAUGGAUCGGUGAUGCAUGCUCGACCCGAGGCAUCUAUGAGUCUUGGAUUCAAAUCAAUGAAUAUCCUUAUCUAGACAACAAGGAUGAUGCGGCCAUCCCCCACGUCUCGGUGUCAGGAAUCAUGACGAGGGUUGAAGAUAUGGCCUGCUUGAACGGCAACCAAGCAUAUUCUAUCGAGAAACUGCGAAAACUUCUUCGCAACACUUCGUUUCGUGGAUUCCCUGUCGUGGCCUUUAAAGACUCGGCGGCUGAUGCAGCUGAUAUGCCUUCAAGCCCAUCACAUUCACCCCGCGAGAAUACGUUUCUUGGGUAUAUCUCGCGCACAGAGCUCACUUUCGCAUUGGAUCGUGUCACAAAUUUCACGGCCUCUGCGCGGAACUCUCCAGCCGUCACUCUACAGACGCCUUGCUAUUUCAAUUACCACACCGAUGUAAUCUCCGGCCAUGGGGUAGAUCUGCGCCCUUGGAUGGAUCAGACGCCGAUCACGCUGAACGCGAACAGCUCACUGCAGCUGGCUGUCCAUAUGUUUCAGAAUCUCGGCUUGCGCUACCUUCUUUUUGUCGAUAAGGGGGCUUUCCGAGGCAUUCUUACCAAGAAAGAUGUUUGGUGGAUUUUAUCCGCAACUGACGACAGGCGGAAAAGGGAUGAGUUUGUUGCGGGGUCGGGAGUACUUCGAGGCGACGUUGAUGACGAUGACGGUCGCGACGAGGCCAGAGGUCUUCUUCAACAGGAGGACGGGGGAUUUGAGCAACAGAUAGCGCCAACAUAGGACAACCUCUUAAGUUUCACAUUGA